AUGACGGCGGCCCUUUCCUCAAAAAAAGUUGAUGAAGCUCUUCAACUGACCUCAGAGGCUCGAGAGUUGCUUCUUUUUUAUGGUCACAGCAGAAAGGCGCGUGCGUCUUCACUUCUGCGUAUUCAAACCCUUGUGCGUGAUAUUCUGCAAUGUACCUCGCUCAUGCAGGCGUAUGACCAAACGCCGUGCCACAGCAGCAUAUAUGGCCACGUGUCUCGAACAUUUAUGAGUGUCCUUGAUCUGCAACUUGAAGGCGACACUUCCAGUGAUGGCCACCGAGGCAAGGAGACGACGUGUCACACGGAGGCGAUGGGAGAUUCGUUGAGUUGUGUACCGUGCGCUAUGGGCAGGGAUUCUGAGACGGAGACGGAAACUGUGGUGGGCAUAAGCCCAUGCAUUCAGCCUGCUGGUAAUCGAGCUGUGCGAUGGGCGGACAUUGUCGGAUGUGAAGAGGCCAUCGCGGCUCUUAAACAGGCGACAACACUCCCAUUGCGGUUUCCUCAGCUAUUUCAGGGGCGACGACGCCCUUCACGGCGCAUUCUGUUGUUCGGCCCGCCCGGCACAGGCAAAACACUUCUCGCUGCCGCCACAGCAACAGAGUACGAAGCCACACUGUUGACUAUUUCUUCUGCAGACAUCCUCAGCAAGUGGGUUGGAGAAUCAGAGCAACACGUACGGCGUGUAUUUGAACGAGCGUUUCGGCUUCCCCGUUGUGUCCUCUUUUUUGACGAAGUGGACUCCAUCUGCAGUGUUCGUGGUGGGGCUGGUGAGAGUGAGGCUUCGCGGCGAAUUAAGACAGAGUUGCUUCUUCGUAUGCAGGGUUUAAAUUCGGAGAACGUCACAAUUAUUGCCGCGACAAAUAUGCCUUGGGAUUUGGACGCUGCCUUCCGCCGCCGCUUUGAUCAUCUCAUUUUUGUGGGUCUUCCGUCCCCAUCUGCUCGUCGGCAGCUUUUUGCGUCGGAGUUGAAUUGCGUGCCGCACUCUCUCAGCGAAGAGGACUUUGAGUGGCUAGUCGACUCCACGGAGGGCUACUCGGCGUCUGACAUUCAAAAAGUUGCCAUGCACGCUGUGAUGGGGCCUGUGCAGAAGAUCGCCCAAUCAGAAUACGUCAAACCGAUGAUUGCUAUGAUAAAAUCACACUCCACGGGCACCUGUUUUAUUCCAUGCUCUAAGGAAGACGAGAAUGCGGUGCCUCUUCUUGGUAUUCCUGCCGCCGAACUUCGAGUUCCGGAUGUCUGCCGAGAUGAUUGCGAGGCUGCACUUCGUGAAUUUCCCCCAACCGUUUCCAAGGAGGAGAUGGAGAAGUUCUGGCAGUGGCGCAGCCGAGAGAAGAAAAUGGCGGCUUAG